UCUCCGUUCAAGUAUGUAGGGAGGGCAAGUCCAGACUGAACUGAGGGUGUGCCAAAAAGAAAAUAGGCGUUGCGUGUCAUGCGGUAGUAAAACUAAAAGAGGGACAAACAAGACGUGAUUUUGACUGCCAGGCUCCGGUCUGCUGUCUUGCUUCGGAUCCAGUGGCUCUGUGUGAACGGACUCGACUUGAAACACGAACCGACUCCGAAUCGCUCGGAUAUCAGACACGAUCAAGGAUUUGUCAUGAAAAGGAGAGAAAAUCAUCUAAAAUAAGGCCUGUCAUUUUCUGUAUCUUUCUGUCUUUUAAAAUCCAGUGUAAUGUUGCGUAAGUUCAGUUCGGAGGGUGCGCUGUUGGAGCUGGACCUCCUGCCCUGGGAAGACACAGAUGGGACCUUGGAGGAUGGGUCAGAUGGAGCCUCAGCAUCCUGUCCUUGCACCCCAGAUGCGAUGUCAGGGAGUGCUGGAAAGGGGGAGCUCAAGAGAGAUCACAGCGUUAGUAUGGAAAAUCUGUCCGACUUGGAGAAGGACUCCGGUUUACUGAAAGUGACGAACCUUAAUGAGAGCUUUAAAGCGUACAGUGACAGCCAGCUCACUGGCACUGCUAAAGGCAGCUGUGAGAGUGAGGGAAAGUGUGAAGCGCAGCACCACUCCCCGUCAUCCACACUGAAAUCUGGCCAAAUGCACGUCUCCCAAAAACCUCCCCACUAUCACCGGCAGCAAGCUCGGGCAAAACUGGCAGCUGCUAAGUUACACGUUAAAAGUUUGUUUGGACAGGGUUCACCGCAGUCCUCGCAUUCGAAUCUGACAAGUGCGGAGCACAGAGAGAGUGUAGCCAGUGCUAAAGAGAGGCGUUCUCGAAUGCCUUUCCUCAGGCAGUGGAGUGAGGUGGGUCACAGCAGAGCUCAGCUCAGCAGGACGGAGAUGGAGAGCUGGGCCAAGUCCCUUGAUGUUUUGCUGGAAAGCAGAGUGGGAGUCACAGUGUUUGAAGCGUUCCUGCGAUCCGAGUAUAGUGAGGAAAACCUGCAGUUCUACUCGGCCUGUGAGCAGUACAGACAGUCGUCCAACAAAUUCAGCCUGCAGAGACGGGCGAAAAUGAUCAUGGAGACUUACAUCCAGCCGGGUGCUCCCAGAGAGGUGAACCUGGACAGUAAGACGAGAGAACUGACCCUUGAACUCCUCAAAGCCCCCUCUCACACGUCCCUCUCACACGCCCAUAGACGCAUCUACUGCCUGCUGGAAAUGGACAGUUACCCCCGCUUCCUCCAGUCAGAGAUCUACCUCACACUACUGAGGGACUCCUAUUAGAUUGAGAUUGGGUGAAAUGUCUGAAAAAGCGGAGUCAUCCUAAAAACUGAACAGACAUCAUGCCUGGACAGUGGAGAGUGCAAACAUGUCUCUAUCAUGAAAAAAAUAAAAAAUCAUCUAAACUACUGAAGAAUGUUUUAGUGAUAAAAAAAAGAAAGAAACAGAUUAUGCAAUCGUCUUGAACUUGAAUGCAUAGUGUCUAAAGGGACAUGCAAUGGGAAAAAGAAGCGCUGAGAUUUUACUUUUGAUAUUGUCUUUUUUUUAUCUGGCAUGUAGACAGUCAACAAAGAGAAAAACACGUCUGGCCAGAAUGGGCUGUUCAGGGAAAGGCUGGAGCACACUUAUUAGAGUGACUUUAGGGUCAUGACUCCAGCUGUAUGUGUGGUUACAAACCAGCAGCACUAAUGACUCAUUCCUCGAAUUUACUUUCCAAUAAAUAAUUCUAUAAUAUAGUUAAAUAGAUAUUCAAACAAAACCUCAAGCUCUCACCAAGACAAAGUUCAAAUAGACUGUUAUCUAAAUAAGCAAUUGAACACAUGUACUUUAAGUAAAAGUUGGAUACUUCCUUGUAGGCUUGACAGACGGCCAGAUUGCAUACUAAAGCUGUACUCGUCAUUCAUUUGAAGAAAAGGUGACUGUAGACAUUGAAAUCAAAGGUCUAUCAAGGAGUUUGGCCCUUUUUAAAUCAUCACACAUGUAUAAGUGGUACUCUGUAGAGCGUGUUGCAGGGAAAUGUCACAAGUUGACAGGGUUCAAAUGCAGACGCUGAACGGGAACCUGCUUGAGCAAACUGACACCAGAACCAAUACCAUCCCAGUAAGCACAUGUACAUUUCCAAGGCUUCGGUUAAAGAGCAAUUACCCUGAAGAGCACUGUUUACUUGUUAUUGAACAACUGAAGAACAUCUUAAAAAGAGCAGAUCACAAAAAUGUCAAACUUGAACAUCUGAGAGGGAACAUUUUUUAAAUGUAUAUUCCAGAUGAACGCACAUAGAUAAAACAAAUUGUGAUGUGUUUGUAUUUUAGUGUCUGUUGAUGAUGUCUGCUGUGACUGCCAGACGGUUUAUGUAUUAUUAAUGUACACAUGCUACCAAGAACCGCAUGCACUAAUUUCCUUUGUCAAAUGUUUUCCAAGGGUUUAAUCUGUUUUGAGCAUAAUAUAAAGGACUUCCUUAAGGGAAUCAUGGAACUAUGUGAUCAGUGUACAAGAAUGAUUACCAGUUUGACUAUCAGAGUAUUUAUGUUGUUUGAGAGCAGCGAUGUAAAUGAAUCGAACAGAAGAAAAUGUUCCACCGUUUAAUUUAAUUUAAAAAAGUCUGUACUUUUGCAUUGACCUGUUUUUGAAAAACAUUAUAAAACAUUUUGUGAUUAUAAAAGCACAACCCAUAAAACAAAUAGCCAAAACAUUUAUAAACAGGACUGAUA